UCGGAGGGCGGAGCCACUGGCUCUUGUUGUCGUCCGACACACUCGAGCGAGGAGAGCAGAUUUGAUCGCUUUGCUCGCCUGGAAGGAAGGGAGGCGGCAGCGGCAACUCGAGGGCUCGAUUAGUCAGCAACGGCGUCCCCAUUAGUCGGGGACAUGUCGAGACGGGCGGGGCCCCGGAGGGCCGCUUGGAGCAGGCGGACGGCGGCUGAGGCGGUGGCGACGGCGACGCCUGGCUCGAGUUCCCUCCGGAGAUUGCCUCGCUCGACGGCGCGGCUCAGCCCCUGAGGAGAAAGCGGUCCGCGGAAGUUGCAGCCUCCUAGCUGUGGCACUGAGCCUUGUUCUGGCACCAGGAGGAGACACGACAAUGAAGCUGUUGGAAAACUCCAGUUUUGAAGCCAUAAACUCCCAGCUGACAGUGGAGACGGGCGAUGCACACAUCAUUGGCAGGAUCGAGAGCUACUCGUGCAAGAUGGCCGGGGACGACAAGCACCUCUUCAAGCAGUUCUGCCAGGAGGGCCAGCCCCACGUCCUCGAGGCCCUGUCGCCGCCCCAGACCACAGGCAUCAGCCCCAGCAGGCUCAGCAAGAGUCAGAGUGGCGACGAGGAGGGGCCCCUCAGCGACAAGUGCAGCCGCAAGACCCUCUUCUACCUGAUUGCCACCCUCAACGAGUCCUUCCGGCCGGACUACGACUUCAGCGCUGCCAAGAGCCACGAGUUCAGCCGGGAGCCGAGUCUCAACUGGGUGGUGAAUGCCGUGAACUGCAGCCUCUUCUCUGCCGUGCGGGAGGACUUCACUGCUCUGAAGCCCCACCUCUGGGACGCCGUGGACCAGGAGAUCUGCCUCUCGGAGUGCGACAUCUACAGCUACAACCCAGACCUGGACUCGGACCCCUUUGGAGAAGAGGGCAGCCUCUGGUCCUUCAACUACUUCUUCUACAACAAGCGGCUGAAGCGGAUCGUCUUCUUCACCUGUCGCUCCAUCAGUGGCUCCAUGUACCCUCGCCCCGAGGCUGGAAAUGAGCUGGAGAUGGACCUGAGUGAGGAUGACGCGGAGGAGACGGCAGACGCCUGUGAGAAGGACGGGGGCAGCAUUGAGGAGGACAGGAGACAAGUGAUCUGCAUGUGAGGCCCCAGGCCCUGCUCCGCCCGGCUUCCUCCGCCCAGCCCAGCCUGGUGUUGCUCUGCCCACCGCCCUGUGAAUGCUGCGUGAUUCAUCAUCGGUGCCUCUGGACGCCCGGAUGCUGCCAGCCCGCCCGCCCGCCCCCCUGGCCUCUCCCCUCUGGCUUCUGGGUCCUGGACGCUGACGUGUUGGCGCCCCUUGCAGCCUUCCCCACCCCACCUCACCCCACCCCAUCCUCUGGGAUGGCCGGCUGUUGCUGACUGGGACAGGACCAUCGUGAAGCACUUUCCAUUCCAGACAGCGGCAACCCUCACUCUGGCUUGUUCAUCGCUCCAGCAGCCAUGGAGUGUGUGUGUGCGUGUGCGCGCGCCCCCUUUCCUCGUGAUGCUGCUCCCCCGCCCCCCACUGUGGACUGACUGUGGGAAGCGUCCGCCCGUCUCGAGGGUCUCUUGGGGCCCCUCCUGCCCCCAGCUGCAGCUCCUGGCCGCUCUCCUCCAUGUGCUGAUGCUGCAGCAUGCAAAGAACUGGACAACUGCCGGUUGAACUGCUGGAACUCCCUGCCCCCCCCUUCUUUUUAACCACACAAGAUCCUUGGCACUGAGCAAGCUGAAGCUGGACUGGCAGGAUUGGGCCUUUGUCUGGGCCUCCUCACAGUAUUGCUGCUGCUGUCUCUCCCCCGCCCCCCCCCCCCGGCUCAUAGAGUUUAUUUUUGUAUUCAUGCCCCAGAGCCUUGGCUGGCCUCUCCUCUGCCCCACGCUUCCCCGCCACUACAGGCUUCCUGCCUGCCUCCGUGGUCCUCCUCUCCCCCUGCUCCCCUGGGUCCUCAGGAGCUUUCUGCACCUCCUCCACUCCAGAGGAUGAGGGGGGCUGGUGCUAUCGGAGAAGGAGGGGGGCUCUUCCUUUCCCAAGGGCCAAGCUCCCACCCCCCCCCAGACUCCCCCCUUUCCCUCCCUCUCCCCACCAGCCCUCGCUCUGCUGUGCUGUUGGGAAGCCUCUCCGCUUCCCUGCUGGGCCCUGGUCUUGCUCUGGAGCCUCUCCUCCCGGAGGCUGGAGGCCGGGGAGCCUUUGCUGCCUGCCCAAAGAGGCUGCCCUUGUGGCCAUGCUGCUCAGUGGCAGCUGCGCGCUCCAAUGGCCGGCUCCCCGCCACCCGCAAGGCCCACCACCCGCCCCCUCCCUCCCAGCUGAGGCUCUGGCCCAUCCCUGACUGACUGCAGAGACAGACUCUCCCCCCCCCCCCCGCUGGCGUUUCCCUGCUUCUGUUCCUCCCUGCGGCUGGCAGCAAGCCAGUGGGGCCCCCUCCCCACGCCUCACAGGGCUUGUUGGCCCCCUCCUUUCUUCAGCUGUGUUGCCAAGCAGUUUCUUGUUGCAGCUAUAAAGGUGUUUUUCCCCCCCCACCCUCCUUCUACUCCUCCUUUGUGGGACCCCACAUGAGCCAGGCUGGAGGCUCUGCUCUGCUUAGGCAGGGAGGCCGUGGCCUUAGGAAGGGGGCCCCUGGCUUGGCCAGGCCAGUCUCAUUCCAUUUGCGGGGAGGGCGGAGAGUGGGGGCCCAACCCCCCCCCUCCGAUCUCUCUCUGAUUAUUUUGCCGCUGCUGUCAGGAUGGGCAAAACCUGCAGGAGGAGGAGGAGGAGGAGAGGCCGGGGCUGCCCCCCCUGCCCUCUCCCCACAGCCCUCCUGCUUUGCCUAAGUGGGACAGGCUUGCCAGGGGCACCCCUCCCCAGCAGCAAGGGGAGCAAGAAGCGGGGCCGGGGGGGGGGAGGCAGCCUCUUGGCUGUCUCUCUGCUGCUGGGGAAGGCGGCUUCUGCCUGGAGGUUCUCUUCCAAGGACUGGUUGGUCUCAUCCAGCAAGGGGGCGGGGGGGGCCUGGAGCGUCCACCUUGCCGUCUUCUUCCUACUGCUGGGGCGAGGAAAGAGCUCGGCUCUAAAGGAGGAGUGAAAGGCUGCAGCCUCGCCAGUGUUGGGGGAACAGGGUCUCCUUCACACCCAGGGACCCCAAGUGGCAGGAGGGAAGUUGCUGCAGGGAAGAGACACCCCCAGGGUGGCUUGUGGAAGGAAGGUCAUCUUCACUGUGCUGGGAGGGAGGGCAGCCAUGACACAAGGGCUUGGAUUAGUUGGCUUAGUCCUAGGAUUCUUCACCCCCCCCCUCGCCCCCGUAAGCGGCAGGGCACAAAGCCGCCUGUGGGGCAAGCUUAGGGCUCUGCUGUGUCUUUGGGGGGAAAGCUGAGAGUUUCUAGAGGAAGAAGUCCUGAGAAGAAGUUAGAUGCAAAUAUUCCCAAACAGAUUUGCCUGAGUGAGAAUUUUGUAUUGUUCUGAACAUCUAUAGACUGCUUUUCAGUAACAGGUUCUCAAAGCACUUUGGGGGGGGGGGGCGUGAGGAGAUGGCUCCCUAUCCGACAAGGGGUGGGUGGGUGUCACAUUCUAGAAAGAAGCACAAAGUGGGCCCCAGCAACAGGCACAGGAGGGAUGCUAGGCAGGGGUGGGACAAGGACAGUCCCGUCCCCCCCCCCCGCUAAAUAUCCGUGGAUCUCCGCUCUGGAAGGCGCAUCUUGACUCAGAAGGGGUUGGACUGACUUGGACCUUGCUUUUUCUGGAAAAGCACGUUGUGUGGAGAAGACUGAAUGAGAAGUGUGGCCCUCACAGAGCUGCCCCGGGGGCCUCUCCCUCUUCAGUGCCCACCCACCCCCGCUGUGGGGCAUGUUUGUCUUCAGUGGCCAGGAUGGGAGAAGUGGCUUCUCUCAAAGGGAAGGAUGAGAAGCAACUUGGGCUGCUAUCCAGCCAGAGCCCUUCUGGUAGGGAAGACUAGCCAAGCCGAUUUUAUCUGGAGGAUGUCCCAGUGCAUUUCAGACAGAUCUAAAGAACUAAAGUAAGUACUACCCCUUUAAGUUUGGAGAGAGUUUAAACUGGUGAAUUGGGAGGGAGGUGGGGGGGGGAGUAGCUCUGUCAAAGAAGGGAUGGAAUCUAACCAGCUAGAAAAGUCAAAGGACCAGAGUCCUCAUCAAAUUCCCCUCUGGGGGUGAUGGAUUGUUAGGGGACACACUCUCACCCUCCAGAUGAAAACACCCAGGGUGACCUGGACUUGGGGAAGGAAUCGGGGAGGCAUAGAAGAGAGGCAGAGUUGUAAGAAUGGGCAACUUCAAUUACCCAUUAUUUCAAAGUUAUUAAAAUAACUUUUAAUUUGGAACUCAUUAAAAAUGUAAUUUAAGAUGUGGUUUGAGCCUGGUCUUAACUUGUUUAAAUUAAAUUUGGUUAAUUUUAUUGGUCUUA